CAUGAUUCUUGAGCAUGUCUGCCACAUGACCAAAGAAUGACGUCAUGGCUUGCCGAGUCUUGCACGAGGACUUCGGACUGCUAGGCGGGCCUUUUUGGCCGCGCCGCUUUCAUCAUCGGGUCGCCUUCGCAGAUGCUCCAGAGGAGGAAGCGCGACAAGAGCCGUCCUGGCCGAACAUUUUGCCGAUCUAUCUGAAGACCAAGUUGAAGAGAGAUCUGAGCGCCGACGUGGAUGCUGCCUUAAGGAAAGUAGGAGCCACACGUGCUGCAGGGCGAGCCAAGGUCCAACAAGACGAGAUGGAGGCGCAACUACAACAGGCCAAGCAGACGGCCAAAGACAUCAGCCGCCAGCCAGCCGAUAACCAGGAGGCAGAGAAGAACAAGAUGAUGCAGUUACAGGAUGCGAUGCAUUCCAAGCAAGACCUGAUGAAGCGGGAGUUGGGCGCCACUGAGCAGCUCCUGAGUGCAGAUGGCCGCCGAGACUUUGCACAGGAGGAACAAGUAGAGGCAGAGAAGAACGAGAUGAUGGUCCUUCAAUCCAUUAAGGAUGCUGAGACAGAGGCCCAGCGCAGGGUGAAAGGCCGCAACACUGUAGUGGGAGCGCCUGCAACCAACAAAUUUGGCAUGAUCAUUGAGACCAAACAGGUUUGUGACCAGGAAAAGGGCACGGAAUGGCACAAUGGCAGAUGUAUUGUGUCGGGAGAGAAGCAGAGCCCUGAUACGCCCGAAGAAGUGGCUGCUAUGACGGCAGUGAAGGCGGCGCAGGCCAACUAUGACGAAUCCUUGGAAGUGGUGCACUCGAAGAAUCACACUUUCAAGGAAGCAGAUCACAAGUUGAAGCAGACCAAGGCUGAUUUGGAAGUCUACCAGAACCACCACAGCACGAGCACUCCAAAAGCGCAAGAGCUGCGGACAAAAAUGGAGAAUGCCAAGGCUGUGUGGGAUCAAGCCCACGUGGCCCUGAACGAUGCGAAAGCCGCCUCCAAAGAGAAGCGGGAGAAGCUCUCGGAAGCCUUGAGGAAAGCCAUCGAUGUAGAGCGCAACGAGGAGGAACACGACGAUGAGGACCUUCACACGAUCCACCAGGUCCAGCACCGCGCCGAGAACGACAUCGAGCGGUCUGAGGACGAGAUCGCACGGCUGGAAGAAGAGCAGGCUGAAGUGGUGGGUGGCAUGGCCCAGAAGUUGCAGACUGAAGCUCUGAAGUAUCCGGUGGAUUCGACUCAAAGACAAGACUUGGAAAAAGAAGCGCAUUGGUUCCACGCAUGGCAAGGGCAUGCGAAGGCAGAAGCUCAUGACUUGCAUGAACGGAACCUGAAAGCGUAUGUAAGUGAUCACGUCAAGGAGCAACAGGCAGCACAAAGGGAGAAUGAUGCUUCCCACCAGGCAUUUGCCGAUGCUGCAUCUGAAGGCAGGGACCAAGACGCUUUCGAAAGAGCACUGCUGAAGCCGCCUGAUGAGACUGAGAAGGAUCCAAAGGAGAUCCUUCAAGAGGAAAAUGAACAUUUGUCGAAGCUCAUGAAGACAGACGCCGGUGCUGGAGAUGAUGAGCUCAAGGCCACUAAGGAUCAAUCGGAGGUGCAGAACCACAAGAAUUCGCUCGAAUUCCGAGAGUUCAGCAACCUGAAGGCCUUACACGAUGCCAGCAAGGCAAAGCCAAAGCGCAGGGACGUUCGGUGCGGCGUUCGGUGCGGGGUGACGAGCGUUCGUGGUAGCGCUCAGCAUAUUGAGCAUAUUGGGCAUAUUGUCCUUACCUCAAGUCCCUGUCAUCCUUGGAAUGCACCAAUCACUGAAUGGAAUCACGUUGGCAAACUAAUUUUCCUUUUUGAAGAUUUGACCAUCGCCGUUAAACAACGCAGCACAAGAGAAUCAUGGAUACCAAAAGUACGGAACUCAUCCACACUGAAGCGGGCAGACAGGCAGACUGUUUACCUCCAUGCUUCCUCCCGGACAGCUAGUUGAACCUUAGACUCUACUUCAACAGUGCCAUCGAAGGAAUCUAACUAGAUCCAAUUAGAAUGUUGAGUGGAAUUCUCCAGAUUAGGAAAACAGCUAUAAGGUCGGUUGGAGGCCAUCGCUAGUAGGUUGGAGGGCAUUACUACUAGUAACAGGAAGCUAAUUAGGAAGAAAACUUCCAUUUGCCUCGGCCUGGACUGCAAGACCUCCGCUGCCUCAAUGGGCUCGGCCUUCCUGGCAUCCGCUGCAAGCAGCACGAGCAGCACGAGCUGCUUCUGCCGGAAGAAGCCGGAAAGCUCCUUGCGCGGCUUCCUUUGACGCGACGCUUUGGAGGCGAAAGAGAGGAAGAUGAGGAAGGAACGUUUGGCGGUUUUUCCAGAGAGAGAGAGAGAGAGAGAGCGGAAAAAGAAAAGGAAAGACAGAUGAGAAAGAAAGGAAGGUUAGCAAAGCCAGUGCGGCGAGGCACUGACAUGAGAUGAUGUGAAGGAAACCGUGUACGAGAGAAAAACUUGAAGUGAUGAGAUCAUGAGAUCCUAGAUUUAUAUGAUUUAUAUGAGAAUAAUCUGCAACACUUCUCACAGACGAACAAGCACAUGUGUCUUUCCUUGACACUUUCGAACUUGAUCCAAAUGGCUUUAUGAUGAUUCAUUGGCGGGUGCAAUUGGGCGACUUGUGGUCGAUGUGCGUGUGCUUUCGAGGCCAUGCCUUGCUUCGGAAAAGGGCACGGGCUGCACGGGUGCAUCUGGGGCGAACGAUCGUUUAGCUGAACUCACGUGACAGGCAGCCGCCACAAAUCGUUGCGUUUUACAACUUUCUGAAGAAAAAACAUGCGAUCGCUGCCAAGCAGAAUGUCUCGGCGUUUGGCUCAAGUUCAAAGCAUUUAGUCACAUUUAGUCUCAUGCCUUAUGAGAAGCCACCAGUCAUCUUGUAACAAACCUGCAGAUGCUUCAGCCCAACAAGUUCGCGAGAUAUGCUGAACUGACGUU